AUGGAAAUAGUGGGGUGCCGAGCCGAAGGCAACGCGUGUCCCUUCCGUCCGCCAGCCAUGCUUUUCCACGGCAUCUCCGGAGGCCACAUUCAGGGGAUCAUGGAGGAGAUGGAGCGGCGCUCCAAGAGCGAGUCGCGCCUGGCCAAAGCGGGGCAGAUGAACGGCCGGGAAGCGAACAUGCCCCCUCUGAGCCCGGAGAAGCCUGCCCUGUGCGCAGGCUGUGGAGGGAAGAUCUCCGACCGAUAUUACCUGCUGGCUGUGGACAAGCAAUGGCACCUACGGUGCCUUAAGUGCUGUGAAUGUAAACUGGCGUUGGAGUCAGAACUCACCUGCUUUGCCAAGGACGGUAGCAUUUACUGCAAGGAGGAUUACUACAGAAGGUUCUCCGUGCAGCGCUGUGCCCGCUGCCACCUGGGCAUCUCGGCCUCGGAGAUGGUGAUGCGGGCCCGGGACUCGGUCUACCACCUGAGCUGCUUCACCUGCACCACGUGCAACAAGACGCUGACGACGGGCGACCACUUCGGCAUGAAGGACAACGUGGUCUACUGCCGGGCGCACUUCGAGAGCCUCCUGCAGGGCGCCGAGGGCGCCUCCUACCCGCCCCCGCAGCUCAGCUACACCGAGCUGGCGGCCAAGGGCGGCGGCCUGGCGCUGCCUUACUUCAACGGCACCGGCACCGUGCAGAAGGGCCGGCCCCGGAAGAGGAAGAGCCCGGCCCUGGGCGUCGAUCUCGUCAGUUACAACUCAGGUUGUAAUGAGAAUGAGGCAGACCAUCUGGACAGAGACCAGCAGCCUUAUCCCCCAUCUCAGAAGACCAAGCGCAUGCGCACUUCUUUCAAACACCACCAGCUCCGUACCAUGAAGUCCUACUUUGCCAUUAAUCACAACCCAGAUGCCAAGGACCUCAAGCAGCUUGCCCAGAAGACAGGCCUAACUAAGAGAGUUCUGCAGGUUUGGUUCCAAAACGCAAGAGCCAAAUUCAGAAGGAAUCUUUUGCGGCAGGAGAAUGGGGGUGUUGAUAAAGCUGAUGGCACGUCGCUUCCGGCCCCGCCCUCAGCAGACAGCGGCGCUCUCACUCCACCCGGCACUGCGACCACUUUAACAGACCUGACCAAUCCCACUAUCACUGUAGUGUCAUCAGUGACCUCUAACUUGGACAGCCACGAUUCCGGGAGCCCCUCACAAACUACCUUAACAAACCUUUUCUAA